AUGGACAUGACCACCGAGCAGCCUCCAGACUACGCGACCCCCACUCAGCACUCAGUCUACGUAACCCCCUCAGUCUCCGCGACCCCCACGCAGCAUCCGAACUACGCGAUCAGUCAGUCGGUUGUGCUGCAUGAACUCUUUCUAAGAGCAGCGAAGACCAAUCCACCAAAAGUACUUCCGGCCAUACUUUGGAUCACCCUUUGUCUCGAAUGUAUUGCUGCAAUCUUAUAUGUCGCAAGUGCCGUACCAACAAUCAGAAAAGAAGGGUUUUGGCUUUUCAAAACGGAAGCCAACGGAAUGGUACGUCCAAACAUUCGGGUAAUAAUACCCAUGUGCGUGGUUCUAUACGUGAUGUGCGAUACCUCGACAUUGUUUUUCCUGUUGAUGGACUUAAAGUCGAAUGCUCCGAUCUCGACAGCCACCUGUGGCUUGGGGUUGAUCACAUAUCCCCUUUUGGUCUUUACGGGAUGGACAAAAAUAUGGAAUGUCCUCCGGGCUGUCCCAUUAAACAGAUACGGACUCACGACAGCAAGGCAAGGAAAUGGAGAGUUCAAUGCAACGUACUUCAGACCCAGUACCAUCAAUCUUAUGUCGGCUUUAUUUUACGGGUUUCCCCUAAUUUAUGGUGCCGCUCCGAUCUGCUUGGUAAUCAAGGAAUUGUGGCAAAUCAAUUUUACCUUUAAAGAAUACAACCGAAACUACUCCGCCAUCAUCAGUGGCAAUAUCGACAAUGAAUCAAUAGCCAAAUUAAACAUCGAAGCACUAAACCAGAUGGCCAGCAUGUUUCACGGCGGCGAGAAAGUGCUAUUCCUCGCCCGGAUAAUCGCUGCUGGCUUUCUCUUAUAUCUCGUCCUUUCAUUUUCUAUCAUGUUGUUUGGCUAUAUCCGCAUCUUGCAGGCUGUUCGAUUCCAAAUUGCAACUUUUAGGCAGUCAUAUGAACAACGCAUGCCUUUUGCCAUCGGUAAUGAGGCACUAGAGACCGCUUCCGCUCCGAGUAUCCGAUCGAUAUCGAUUUCUUACCUAACGUCUUCCUGCGACUCCUCAGAACACAAAAAACGAAGUUGGAUCUCCACGAGGCUCCCAAGUUGGCUUCCUAAUUUGCGCCAAACUCCAGAUUUUCUUGAAAAGCCCCGGCGAACGCCCGUUUCGAAUGAUCCGCGUACACUUGGCUUACAAGAAUGGGAAAAUGACAAUCGAUCCCUGCUCCGCCUUCAGCUAAAAGCACUAAGGAGAUACGAAGUAAAUUUGAUUUGGCAGUUGUGUUGCAACGCGUUGACAAUGUUUGGUUUCUGCGGCAUGAACAUCGUAGUUUGUUUCAAUCUUUUGGACGUCCCAACCUAUUAUUCAAUUUCAGACUUGUCGUGGUUCACUAUCACUUGGGCGAGCAUUUCUUGGGUAUGGACGAUUGGAAUACCCAUGGGCAUCGUAGUGUUUGUUGUUUCUCGAUCUCCUCCAAUUUCUGCUCUGAGGGAAAACACCGAAAGAUUGGCAGAAGAAGACGUAUAA